CGAUAUUGAAAUCCACAUAACGCCUGUUUUGUUUCAAAUUUUAUCGGUGAUUAUUGGAAAUAACAGUUGUACACAUUAACUCAAAUUCAUUAUAUACCCAAUUAAUAGCAUGUUAUUAUGGAAUCUGAUUUCGUAUAUAAGGGGCAACGUUCCUUUACAGCAUCGUGUUUCCAAGGUUUUGCAUCAUUGUCAAUUGAGUUAUCGGAUAUUCAAUCAUAGAGUUCAAUCCUUUCGCCAAGUUUCUGCUUCUCAAUGUGUAUAUGUAUUUAUUGGUGUCGGAAACAGAGACGACAAAGAUGGGGAGCUGCUGAUAACGGGUGGCGAUGAGGUGGCAGACGGGCUUAAGAAUUUGGAGGAGAGAUCAACGGAUUUUGGAGAAGCCUUCCCGCAUCGGAAAAUAGAAACAAAAUCUGCUAUCUUUGCCAUAUUAUUGGCAUUAGGUAAAGCGAUCGGGUUAAAGCACUAUCUCUAG